AUGCCACCAUCCCUAACCUCCCGCACCUUAGGCUCAAUCUGGGGAGUCUGCGUAGGCGACGCCCUCGGCGGGCCCGUCCAAUUCAUGGACCCAGGCAGCUUCGAGCCCAUCACCGGCCUCGAAUACGUGAAACCCUUUAACCAGCCCGCAGGAUCCUACUCCGACGAUGGCUCCAUGACACUAGCCCUAGCGCAAUCCAUCAUCGACUCGCAAGGCAAAUACAACCACGUCUUAUCCAUCCAGUAUUUUGUCGACUGGUUCUCCACCGGCCGGUUCAGCACGAUCAACCACGCCUGGGACGUGGGUCGCUCGACACGCUCUGCCCUCCAGAGCUGGAAGAAACAGGGCACGGAGGAUCUUCAACGUACCCAGGAGGUAAUUAAUGGGAAGCUAGAUGUGGAGCAAUCCUCCGGGAACGGAAGCUUGAUGAGAAUUGCCCCCGUUGGACUGGCUUUGUGGCGCGAUCUGGGGGAAGCGACAAGAGUCGCGAGAGAGCAGAGUCGGGUUACGCAUCCUGUGCUGGCGUGCUUGGAGGCUUACGAGAGCAAAGAGCAGCUUUGCGACAGAAUCAACGGGUUCAACUUCACGCACAGUGCCCUUGCACAGCGACUCUCGGGCUACAAGACCAUCUCCGACUGGCAAGCCCAGUCGGCCGCGGACAUGCACAGCAGUGGAUGGGUCGUGGAUACGCUCGAAGUGGCGCUGUGGGGAUUUUUCAAGUUUGAUUGCUGGGCCGCGGGAGUAUUGGCGGUGACAAACCUGGGAGGAGACGCCGACACAGCGGCAGCGGUUUACGGGGGUCUAGCGGGCGCCUUUUAUGGAUUUGAAUCGAUCCCGACGACAUGGGUCGACGGCAUGCAGAAUCAGGGGUUCAUUGCGGAGGUUGCUGGGAAGCUGUCGGAGUUUGUUUCCAGGGAGGUUUUGAAUUGA